GGGUACUGGUGGUAUUCAGAGCUGGGUCCAGAGUUUGGGGGUUUCUGGGGGCUGGGAAGCGUCUCCAAGGGAGCCCUUUACUGCAGGGGGUGAGGGCAGUGGGACCUGACCCGGCUGAGCCCACCAGGCUGGAGCUGAGAAGGACGCUUGUGGGAGGGGGCAGGAGCUGGAGGACUCCUCUGGCCCAGCCCCUCCUCUCCUUCCCAGCCGGCGGCCCACCCUCCAGUCUCUCCAGUCUGAGCUGGCAACUGCUGAGGCUGGGCUGCCUGAAGUCUCCAGGUCUCCCGGAGAGAGGGGAAGCCAGCCCACAGCAUGGAGUCCCCGAGAAUCGUGGGGCCCUGGGUUGAGCUGCGAGCUCUCUUAGGCGGACUCUCUUUCCUCCUGCUGCUGCUGUCAGGCCAGGGGGCCAAGGGUGCCUCCCUCAAGGAGAGACAGGGGGUCUGCUCCAAGCAGACUCUGGUGGUCCCGCUGCGCUACAAUGAGUCUUACAGCCAGCCAGUGUUCAAGCCCUACCUGACCCUGUGUGCCGGGAGGCGCGUUUGCAGCACCUACAGGACCGUGUACCGCUUGGCCUGGCGGGAGGUAAGGCGCGAGGUGCAGCAGACCCAUGCCUUGUGCUGCCAGGGCUGGAGGAAGCGACACCCAGGGGCGCUCACCUGUGAAGCCGUCUGUGCCAAGCCCUGCCGGAACGGAGGAGUCUGCAUAGGGCCAGACCAGUGCGAGUGUGCCCCCGGCUGGGGCGGGAAACACUGCCACGUGGACGUGGAUGAAUGCAGGACCGGGAUCGCCCUGUGCUCACACCGCUGUCUCAACACGGCGGGCAGCUUCACCUGCGGCUGCCCUCAAGGCCAGGUGCUGGGUCCUGAUGGGCUCAGGUGCGCUGAGGGCGCCCCAGGGCGCCCCACUAGCGCCAGCAUCCUCAGUGUGGCAGUCCGGGAAGCAGAGGAGGAAGGCAAGGAGAGCUCCCUGAGGCAGGAGGUCGGUGAGCUACGAGGGCGCCUGGAGCAGCUGGAGCAGUGGGCCGGCCAGGCUGGGGCCUGGGUCCGUGCAGUGCUGCCCAUGCCGCCUGAGGAGCUGCAGCCCGAAAAGGUGGCGGAGCUGUGGGGCCGGGGUGACAGGAUCGACUCUCUCAGCGACCAAGUGCUGCUGCUGGAGGAGAGACUGGGCGCCUGCUCCUGUGAGGACAACAGCCUCCACCAUGGAUAAGAGGCCUCAGCAGCCCCUCCUGCUAACAUACAGAAACCACCGACUAAUUCCUGGGAUUGGCAACUGGAGUUGCAGAUAGAGCCAUCCAGAUCAAGGGACAGGGAGCCACGGUGACCCUGGCAGCCAGCCUGCUGCCCUGGGCAGGCUGUCUGGGCCAGGUCCGCUUCUUUAGCACUUAACAGACACAGCCAGGAGACACCCACUUUCUCUCUCUUUAUUCUGGGCUGCCUGCUGUCAUCCAGAUAAUUAAUAAAAAUCAACCACACAAAACUGAGCCCCCCUCUCCUUUGCUCCCAGCCUACCUCCCCAGUCACGGAAACAGGACUGGAGGCGGGGGCGGGGGGAGCGGCCAACGCCACUUCCAGAAAUGAAAACGUUUGAGGGGGAAGCCUCA